UAUAUAUAUCUUAGAAUGCCGAACAUGGAAAGCAUAAAGAAGGAAGAUGGGUUGGCGACAAUCAUGGCCAUCGGCAGAGCUCUCCCUCCAAAUUCCAUCGACCAAAACUCCUUCCCCGACUUCUACUUUCGUGUUCACAACAGCGAGCACCUGAUGGACCUCAAGAACAAAUUCCGCCGCAUCUGCGAGCGAACCGCGAUAAGAAAGCGGCACUUCGUGUGGAACGAAGAGGUGCUGAAACAGAACCCCUGCCUCCGCACUUUCAUGGAACCCUCGCUGAACACGAGGCAGGAAAUUGUGUGCUCCGAAAUCCCAAAGCUUGGCGCGGAGGCCGCCCGCAAUGCCAUACGGGAAUGGGGGCAGCCCGAAAGGAGCAUCACCCACCUCAUAUUCUGCACCACCAGCGGCAUGAAUCUCCCCGGCGCCGACUUCGAAGCCGCCCAAAUUCUGGGCCUCAACCACAGCGUGGAACGCGUCAUGCUCUAUCAACAGGGCUGCUUCGCGGGCGGCACCGUCCUCCGCCUCGCCAAAUGUCUUGCGGAGAGCCGCAGGGGAGCUCGGGUACUGGUCAUAUGCGCCGAGAGCACCACCAGUCUGGUCCGCUCCCCUUCCCGAGAACACCAGUACGAUCUGAUCGCACAGGCGCUGUUCGCGGACGGAGCCUCGGCUCUUAUAAUUGGGACGGAACCCAACGCGGAGGCUGGGGAGCGACCCAUCUUCAGCAUCUUCUCGACGGCUCAGGUGACGCUGCCGGAUUCAGGAGACGCCAUUCGGGGGUACUUGAAAGAAGGGGGGCUCAUCGCCACCCUGGCAAAGGACGUGCCGCUCAUUAUAUCGGAGAACAUAGAGAGGUGCCUGCAAGAGGCCUUCGGGCCGCUGGGCAUCUCCGACUGGAACUCCAUAUUUUGGGCUCCGCAUCCGGGGGGGAGGGCCAUACUCGACGGGAUUGAGGACAAGCUGGGGCUGAAGCCGGAGAAGCUCUGGGCGGCCAGGCAUGUGCUGGCGGAGUACGGCAAUAUGUCCAGCGUCUGCGUCCACUAUAUACUUGAUGAGAUGCGCCGUCGGGAUGUCAAGAAUGGGAAGGCGCCCACCGGAGAUGGGCCGGAGUGGGGCGUGCUCUUCGGGUUCGGCCCAGGCCUUACUGUCGAGACUGUCGUCCUUCGCAGACUUUUCCUCUGA